AUGUCAUCAACAAUAAGAAAUUGUCGUCAGCCUGAGGAUCUUAAUGAAUUUUUGAAUCCUGUAGGCGACAUUAUCGAAGGAUAUGGGAAUGUGACUCCAAAAACAAAUCAUGGACGGAUAUUCGUAAUCAUAUAUGGAUUAAUAGGAAUACCACUAUCAAUGUUGGCAAUAGCUAACUUAGGGAAAUUUCUGUCUGCUUUUCUGAAAAGAUGGACGAAGAGUGCGGUUAAAAAUUUCAGGAAUUUUUUCGAGACUGGAAGAAAAAGAUUUCGAUCCAAGGAGAAGCAAGCUCUUGUGAAUUACAAUGAUAUCCAUGAUGUAAAUGUUGGUUCUUGGCUGGAUGCGAUUGUCCUACUUUCAGCAUUUUUUCUUUAUUUAAUCGUAGGUUCAGUGCUAAUAGCAGCCUAUGAAAAAGAGAUGGAUUUCUUUGGAGCCAUUUAUUUCAAUUUUGUCUCACUAACAACGAUUGGACUUGGUGAUCUCAUUCCUAAAAAUGAAAAUUAUUUGGCAUUUACGAUUAUUUAUUGCAUUGUUGGAUUAUCAUUAACUACAAUAGCUAUAGAGAUCGCCUCAGAAUAUUUGAAAAAAUUACACUUUUUCGGUCGAAAAUUAGAAAACGUUGGCAAUGUUCAAGUUUGGUUUGGUGGUAAAAUGCUCACAAUGAAGCAAUUGGUACGCAACUUGGGUGACCAGUUCAAUCUGCCAGAAAAUCAGAUCAUCGAUUUAAAUCUGGAUCAAUUUGUGGAUGAUGCUCUUAAAGUUGAAGCUGGCGAAUUACCGACACUUCGGGUAAUAAACUCAAAAAAAUCUUAUUCCUCACUUAUCUAUUGA